AUGAUUGAGGAGAUCUGUCACAUCUGUGACGAUCGUGCUACAGGAAAACACUACGGUGCAGUCAGUUGCGAUGGAUGUAAAGGUUUCUUUCGUCGAAGCAUUCGUAAGCGUCACAACUAUGUGUGUCGAUUUAAAAAAAACUGUGAUAUAACGAAAAACCAACGUAAUGCCUGUCGAUCUUGUCGACUCCAAAAAUGUAUCGAUGCAGGAAUGAAGUCGAAUGCGAUCCAAAACGAGCGCGACACAAUUGGGAAACGCAAAAAGCCAGAAGCUGAUGUGGACGAGUUGCUUGUGGAACUGUUAAUGUCCGAGAAAUUAUGCCAACAGUUGAGGAGUUCGGUGAUCAAAAGCACGGAACAGGUAUCUUAUGACUGUGGAAAAGUGAAAGCUUGGCGAAUAGAGGACGAUCGAUGGGCGACUUUGGAUGAUGUGGGGAAAAGCAUUCAUCAGCAGUUGGUGUUGUUAGUUGAAUGGGCGAAAUCUUUGCCACAAUUCACUCAGUUAACUGUCGAUGAUCAGGUAGCUCUGCUAAAAGCCACAGCUGCACAGAUUAUCAUCCUCGGUGUUGCUUUUCGAUCACUGUCACUUGAGAACUCAAUAUGUCUUGCAAAUGAUACACUAAUUCCUAAGGAGCAUGCCGCCAACAUUGGUGACAUCAAUUGUGUCGUUGGACGAAUUAUUGACGAAUUGGUGAUGCCUAUGAGGCGAUUGGCGAUAGAUCUUUGUGAAUACGUAGCUCUUAAAGCGAUUCUAUUCUUCAAUCCAGGUGAGAGAACCUCACUUAAUUUUUCAACGUUUGAGAAUAUGACAAGCUUUAUUCUUAAACUUCCACUCAGGUGUCAGCAAUUUUCUGUUGAGAUAUCAGAAUGCAGAGCAGGACGUCUUCUGCUAUUGCUACCUUCUCUGCAAGCAGUCGCUCAGCAAAUGAUGGAUGUGCAAUUGGCACGACUUUUUGGUUUCGCCAAUGUCGACUCUCUAAUGGAAGAGCUGAUUCUUCACGAUGAACGAGCGGAUAGAGACGUUCGACAAAGUCUCGCAAGUCCGUGUCAAAUAACGGAAGCAAUGACUUAA